CAACUUUAUAGCCUAUUUUAGAGGAAAUCAAACUCUUCGUUUCAUAAGGUUCAAUUUGUACGCCACCUGCCCAAAAAUUAGUGAAGACAAAGACUGGCUCUUCAUUUUUGAAGAACUGAAGAAGAAGGCUGAGCUUGCAGUGAUGGACGAAAUGGGCAAGCAAAUUUGUUUAAAAAGAGGUGAUGGAAUUCUUCAAAGCAAUGACAAAGAUCGGCACCUCAUCUGGAGCAUCAAGGGUUUAGAUUACAUGGAAAGCCUUCUAACGUGGCACUUAGCCACUGAAUUCUGCUUUCUUGAUGAGCUCUGCAAAUGUCCUACAUGUGAUUGUAGAGAGGUAUCCAAGUUACUCUCCGAAUAUAUGUUUUACCUUCUAGAGAUGCAGCCCGCUGUAAUGGCCACUGUGUCCCUCGAUCGGAAAGAUGUAUUGAGAAAAGCAAUUGACGAUCUAGGAGGAGCCAAGUAUGAGAUUGAGAAAUUUAAUGGUGGCAAAAAUUUCAACUUAUGGAGGUUGAAGAUGCGGGCCAUGCUAAUACAGCAAGGGCUGUGGAAAGCACUAGAAAAGGAAGGCAAGCUACCGGAAACUCUACCAGAGGAAAAGAAGAUAGACUUGAAGGAGCGGGCGCUGAGUGCGAUUCAGCUCUCACUUUCUGAUGAAGUCUUGGGGGAGGUUGCAGAAGAAAAUUCAGCUUCUGCAUUAUGGUCGAAGCUGGAAGCCCUUUACUUAACCAAAUCAGUCAGUAACCGAUUAUAUCUGAAGAAACGGUUGUUCACCCUUAAUAUGAAUGAAGGUGGUUCCAUCAAAGACCAUCUUGAUGAGUUCAACAAGCUCAUUUUAGACUUGAAGAAUAUCGGUGUGAAGAUAGAAGAUGAAGACCAGGAAAUUAUUGUUUUGUGCUCAUUGCCUGACUCUUAUGACAACUUUGUUGAAACUCAUCUUCAUAGUAGAGAUCAACUCUCUAUGGAAGAUGUCAAGGCGGCCCUGAAUUCAAGAGAAUUGAAGAAGAAGGUGUCCGAAGACAAGAGUGAUGAUCAAGCAGCAGGAUUGGUCAUAAGAGAUGAUGGAGAUUGUGUUCUAUCUGUCUCUACAAACUCCUCCGGUGAGGAAUGGAUUUUAGAUUCGGGUUGCUCAUUCCAUGUAUGCCCACGACGUGACUGGUUUGAAACAUAUAAACCAGCCACUGGCACGGUAGUUCUUGGUGAUGAUACAGCAUUGCCUAUUGUUGGAAUUGGCAACAUCCGGAUCAAGAUGUAUGAUGGGAUGGUCAAAACAUUUGAGGUUCGUCAUGUGCCGGGUGGAGUUCUCAAAGUCUCUAAAGGAGCUCUCGUAAUAUUGAAAGGGAAGAAAGUUGGUGGUCUUUAUCACUUGCAAGGAAGCACAGUCAAUGGCACAUGUGCUGUGUCAACUUCAAGCAAUCCAAAUAAUGAUGUAACUCGGUUAUGGCAUAUGAGACUUGGGCAUAUGAGUGAAAGAGGGAUGAUGGAGCUGAGCAAGCGGAGUCUUCUGUUGCAGUUUGGCAAAGGAGUUCAUCGAACUCAAGGCACAGUUGAUUACAUUCACUCAGACUUGUGGGGUCCCUCACCUGUUGCAUCAAAAGGUGGAGCUAUGUAUAUAUUGACCUUCAUCGAUGAUUAUUCAAGAAAGCGUCUAAGAACAGAUAAUGGUCUUGAGUACUGUAAUGGUGAGUUUGAUACUUUUUGCAAGAAUAAUGAAAUUGUGAGACAUCGCACUGUCAGGAUGACACCACAGCAAAACGAUGUUGCAGAAAGGAUGAAUCGUACACUCUUGGAGAGGGCACAGUGUAUGCUCUCAAAUGCUGGAUUAUCAAAGGACUUUUGGGCAGAAGUUGUCAAUCAUGCUAGUUAUCUUGUAAGUUGGUCUCCAUCCAUAGCAAUUGGAUUAAAGACUCCAGAAGAAUUAUGGUCAGGUUCUCCUGCUGAUUAUUCACAGUUGAGGAUAUUUGGUUGUCCUAUGUAUGCUCAUGUUAGGGAUGGUAAACUUGAGCCAAGGGCAGUGAAGUGCGUAUUUCUAGGGUACGCUUCCGGGGUAAAAGGCUAUAGACUGUGGUGUGUUCAGAAGUCACCUCAGUUCCUCAUGAGCAGAGAUGUAACCUUUGAUGAGUUUGCUAUGCUCCAAAAAGCAAAAGAGGAGUCUAUAAUUGCAAAGCCAGACAAUGGAGUUAGCAAGCAAGUGGAGUUUGAAGCAAUAACUCCAGAAAAGGCAGUGUGGGACGACAGUAUUGUCCAAGAGAAUCUAGAUGAGAGGAGGGAGACCAAACCACCUCAGAGAUAUGGCUAUACAAAUUAUGUUGCCUAUGCUCUAUUAGUUAUAGAACCAGUGGAGGCUGAGGAUCCCAACACUUAUCGGGAAGCAAUUACCAGUAAAGAAUCUCCUUAUUGGCUUGCUGCCAUGAUAGAGGAGAUUGAGUCUCUACAUAAGAACCAGACAUGGAAGCUUGUGAUGCCACCAAAGGGACAAAGAAUUGUUGGAUGCAAAUGGGUCUUUAGGAGAAAAGAAGGAAACUCGGGGGUAGAGACACCCAGAUUCAAGGCCAGAUUGGUUGCAAAGGGUUUCACACAACGAGAGGGUAUUGAUUUCCAUGAGGUAUUCUCUUCUAUGGUGAAACACAGCUCUAUUCGUAUUUUACUUGCCAUGGUUACUUUAUAUGAUCUUGAGUUGGAGCAGCUUGAUGUAAAGACUGCUUUCCUGCAUGAAAUCCUUAUAUGGAUUGAAGUAGUCGCCUCGGCAGUGCUUGGAGAUGGUUCUUGGGUUUACUUGCUGUUGUAUGUUGAUGACAUGCUUAUUGCUGCCAAAAGCAUGUUAAUCAUUGAUGAUUUGAAGAAGCAGCUUAGUGGUGAGUUUGAAAUGAAAGACUUGGGUGCAGCUAAGAAGAUCUUAGGAAUGGAGAUUCACAGGGAUCGCAAGGGAGGUAAAUUGUUUCUCUCUCAAAAGAAGUAUAUUGAAAAAGUACUUGAGCGGUUUGGCUUACAUGAAGCUAAGGCUGUGACUACUCCUUUGGGAGCACAUUUUAAGCUUUCAUCAAAUUUGUCACCAGAAACGGAGGAGGAGAAGAAGUUUAUGGCGCAUGUUCCUUAUGCGAGUACUGUUGGGAGCUUAAUGUAUGCUAUGGAAGCUGUGAAGUGGAUCCUCCGGUAUUUACGAGGCACGGUAGAUGUUGGACGAGUCUAUGAUCGGAGUGCUAAUCCAAGUGGAAAUGUAGUCGGAUUUGUCGACUAUGAUUUUGUCGGCGAUUUGGACAAAAGGAGAUCAACUACAGGAUAUGUCUUUACUCUCUCAAGGUGUGCCAUUAGUUGGAAAGUUACAUUGCAAUCAACAGUCGCCUUGUCAACAACUGAGGCAGAGUACAUGGCAAUUACUGAGGCAGUAAAGGAAGCAUUAUGGCUAAAGGGUUUGGUCAGUGAUCUCGGGGUAGAACAAAAUGAGAUGAUGGUGUUUUGUGAUAGUCAAAGUGCCAUUCACUUGAUGAAGAACAUGAUGUAUCACGAGAGAACCAAACAUAUUCAAGUUCAGUAUCACUUUGUCUGGGAGGUUAUAUCCAACGGAGAUGUGCUCGUUGAAAAGAUAUCAACUGACGAGAAUCCUACAGAUAUGAUGACAAAGCCGGUAAGUGGAAUCAAGUUCAAGCAUUGCUUGGACUUGAUUAGUGUCCAAAGUGCUUAAUGCCCCUUGGGGCAUUGUGGCAUCAAGGGAAUGAAGCUAUUGGUCCUGA